AACUCCAUUCGGACGGAAGCGGAUUUAAAUGCAUUUUUGUAUUUAAUAUAAAAUCAAAAUCAACCGAAACCCACCGUUGCUGUGGAGUCGUCCUGCCUGUGGCACAGUCUGUCAUGUGCUGCCCGCCCGCAAUGUGACAGUGUUCUACGUAAGCGGACAGCUGUCAAAACAGCAGUACACAUUCCGAAGUGCAACAACCAAAACAAUACGCCGCGUGUGUGUAUUUGUGUGUGUGUGUGUCAGUAGUGCGGUCAGGAGGGUUGAUAAAAUUCGUUGAAAGCUGAAAUGAAGGUGAAACCGCACAGACCGUCCACCGGCGAGUACGAGAAUGGCCAGCCGGCACCGAACCUGCUCGUCUAUCUUCUCUGGCUGCUGGUACACAAGCUCGUCACUAUCGUCGAGCAGCUGAUGCAGUCCCUGCGCCAACCGUUCUUCAGCAAACGGAUCCGCAUAAAGGCCCACCAGUACGCAGAGCACCAGCAGCAGCAACAGCUUCCCGCACCGGCGUCAAAGCUGUCGAAGGUGCCGAAACAUCUGGUGGUGCUGCUAGGGCCGGAACCGCCCCUCUACCGCCAGCUGGCUCAGUUCAUCUUCUGGUCGCUGGCGGCUGAGAUCGAGUACGUUAGCUUCUACGAUCACAACGGAACCAUCAAGCGCAACUGCGAGGAAGUGAAGCGCUGCGUACGCGAAGCGCCGGUGGAAGGAAAGGACCGCAUCGUUUGGCUGGAGCGCAGUGGCGGUGGAUCGGAGGCGGACGCUGGCCCCCGGCAGCCAGUCGGGAGUGGCCGCACGGUGGUGGUCGGCUUUCUGUCGCCCGAGGACGGCAAGCAGGGGCUGGUGAGCCUGUCCCGCUCGAUCGGCGAGUCCGUGCGGCGGCGCGAUCUGUACGCGGCCGACGUGAGCAUCGAGUUGCUGGACAGCCGGCUGCAGGCGGCGCUCGGGGCCGUGCCCGAUCCCGAUCUGGCCCUCUACUUCGGUGACGUGUGCUCCACGUACGGGCUGCUGCCGUGGCAGAUACGGCUGACGGAGUUUCUGCCGCUCGGCACCCGGCUGCGGGACAGUACCGAGCGGGAGUUCGUGCGCUGCCUGCACCGGUACGCCAAGUGCGAGCAGCGCCUGGGCACGUAGAGGCGUGGGCCGCGGGCAGACCCACCAAUGUAUAUUUGUAGGACAAUGCAAAAGAUCGGACAGCGAAUUCCUUCACCCUCAAUUAGUGAAUUAGUUUAGCCAAAAUAGCAUUUAAAUUUCUGUUCGUUUUUGGCAGGCGUUCAGAGGCAAAGACAACUAUUUAGCGAAGAAAUUCUUCUGUCCUUCUUGUUUUACUUGAGUCGGUUGAAUAAUUCUGUGAGCGAAAGGUGGGGGUCAUCAUUCCAGCCUGUUAAUUCUCCCGAGCGAGCGUUCAUCCCCAAAUGUAUGACAUUACAUUCAAUGCAAUGUUUUAACCCGAAAUUGGCACCGACUGGGGAGCAUUUAGCAUUUAGUCUAAAAGCUGUGAGCAAAAACCACAGGGCAAUUGUGGGGGGAAAAUAAAUCGACCGUACGGAAA